GUGUACCUGGCAGCGUCGACACAGUGCUGGACGUGCUGGCCAGCGAGUCGGCGCGUGAGAACUACUGGGUCGCGCUCAACACCAUGAAGGACGUCAAGUCCGCGGCGCUGCUUUCAAGCGCGCGGCUGCAAUCCCAGAGCCUUUCGACGUCGUCGUCCAUCACGUCCGAGACCGAGAUGGACGCCACGGCUUUCCCGCGAUGGAGCCGCAAGUACACGGCCGCUAGGUUCUCCAAGCACAACUCACAGGUACUGGACUGUUGCUACGCCGAGUACGCGACGAGAUACACCGAGACCAACAACGAAGGACACACGAGACACCGCGGAUUCGUCUACCGGCGAUCGGUCUCGGAGCACGCACUGAGUAGCACGUCCAGCGUGUCGGCGGAGCCGCUGGCCAAGGCAAAAGUUCAAGGAGCGGCGAGAUUCUUCAUCCGCGACUGGCUGUUUGACGUUAUCGAGACUCAGGAUCCGCUGGUCUGCAAGUUGGUGCUAACCUGCACGGUGUUCGUGCCGCCGAUCUCGGGACGUGGAGCCACGGUGUCGAGAUCGGACUUCCGUGAGUUCUGCACCGAGCUGAUGGUAGGGGCACGUCGCGCGUUAACCCACCAGUGGAAGGACCACGCCGCUCAUGCUGGCGUGCGGUCGGCCUGGCGACGAGAGGCUCGCUGUUGCACCGUGUGUUCGGCUCAGUUCUCGCUGCUUCGGAAGCGUCACACGUGCCGGUCGUGCGGGUCUGGAGUGUGUUCCAAAUGCUGCUUAAAGACGGUUCCUGCUCCUAUUUCUGACUUCAAUAGCUCGAUGGGGUUCGGCGCGAGACCGCAACAGCGUGGCGGUCAUAAACGUGAGUGUCUGCUCUGCGCGCAGUUUGGUCCGGACAGCGGCGUCAAUGGCCGCGCUAGUGGCGUGACUAGUAGAAGCCGCCACUUUUCCACUUCGAUAGCCUCCAUGUCUGCCUCCAUGUCACGAGAGUUUGCUUCAUCGCGAGGAGCUCUAUACGACUUGGAACAGGAAGAAAGCGACCGGGUGCAUCCGGAUCUAGAACUACGAUCCACCACGUCCGUCUCCGGCUCAAGACGUCGACACAGCCAGCGGAGUGUAGGUAGCGUCGGUAGUCAGCGCAGUAUCAGUGGACCGGAUGACGAUGACGACGAGUCGGAUGAAGACGUUCGGCCAUACACGCCGCGUCUCGAUCUACGAGCUACAACGUCCAAGCUUCGCACGGCAUCCACAGAUUCGAGCCGUAGCUCUCGCAGUGGCCCGGGUAUCGUCCUGUUAUCGGAUCUCGAGACACUGACGCUUUCAGGUAGUUUCCACCGCAUGUCUGCGCGGUCAUCAUCUAGUUUGUCUGCCAGCUUAUCGGCGCGAUCACCGAUGAACGCAGCGCCGAGGUUGUCGGCCAGGUCCGCAGCCCCUCCUUCGGUUUUGCAGCACCGGCACGACCGCGCUGCGUCAGAAGACAAUGUACUCUUGACGACAUCUGUCAAGCCUCGCGUCGGCACGAGGGACGUACCGCAGGAGAGCAGCGCUAGUACCGAAGAAGACGAAGACGUAUACUCGGAAGACGAUCUGGCCAACUUCACCCUCAAGUUGCAAUAAGCAAUUGAAUGAGUACUUGGUCUCUUAUAUUUCGUUUAUUUAGUCGCAGCUUCACUGCCGAACAGAAAAAAAAAAAUAGCAAUCAACUAACCACUGCGUGUCUUU